CCUGCCCGGCGGCGGAGCCCGUGCGCCCCGUCGCGGUUCCCCCCGCCGCUCGGCGGGGCGGGAAGAUGCGGAGCAAGGGGAGGAAGGAGAGUCUGUCCGACUCCCGCGACCUGGACGGCUCCUACGACCAGCUCACGGGCAACCCGCCAGGCCAAACUAAAAAAGCGCUGAAGCAGCGAUUCCUCAAACUGCUGCCCUGCUGCCGGCCCAAAUCCAUCCCCUCGCUCAGCGAAAGCAAGAUGGUGCUGGCCUCAGCUGCCCUCUCUUCCCCUGGGUUCCUUGCAGACAGUGUUGAGGAUGAGUUUGAGCUAUCCACCGUCUGCCACCGCCCUGAGGGGCUGGAGCAGCUCCAGGAGCAGACCAAGUUCACCCGCAAAGAGCUGCAGGUCCUGUACCGAGGCUUCAAGAACGAGUGUCCGAGUGGCAUCGUCAAUGAAGAAAACUUCAAGCAGAUCUACUCACAGUUCUUCCCACAGGGAGACUCCAGCACGUACGCCACCUUCCUCUUCAACGCCUUCGACACCGACCACGACGGCUCCGUCAGCUUUGAGGACUUUGUGUCUGGGCUGUCCAUCAUCCUGCGGGGCACCAUUGAUGAUCGCCUGAACUGGGCUUUCAACCUCUAUGACCUGAACAAAGAUGGCUGCAUCACCAAAGAGGAAAUGCUGGACAUCAUGAAGUCCAUCUACGACAUGAUGGGCAAAUACACCUACCCAGCCAUGCGGGAGGAAGCACCCCGAGAGCAUGUGGAGAACUUCUUCCAGAAAAUGGACCGAAACAAGGAUGGCGUGGUGACAAUUGAGGAGUUCCUGGAGUCCUGCCAAAAGGAUGAGAACAUCAUGCGCUCCAUGCAGCUCUUUGACAACGUGAUUUAGCUCCCAGACCUGCCUCCAGCCGAGCUCUGCUGCCACCGGGCCCAGAACCUGCUUCUCUCUCGACUUCUCCUCGGAGCCUCCCCUCCGCCGGCUGCGCAGGCCCCGCCGUGGGAAGGAGCCUCCCUUCCCCGCGACACGGCCGCUGCCCCCAGGGCCGGCUCUGCUUGCCUCGGGGGAGCCCAAGCAGGUGCUCCCGGACAUCGGAGCGUGGGCACGGCUGGCGUGGGGCAAGUGUAUGGCCUGGAUGGACUGCCCUGAACCCAUUCCUGGCGGGGAAGCCUUGGGCUGUGAGAGAGGCUUCCCCCAUGCACAGCUCCCCAUGCAGCCACAGCUCCUCCACCCUGAUACUCCCCAGACCCGGGAACCCCUCAGCACUGGCUCCAGCCAAACCCUCCAGUGAUGCUGUCUAGAAACCAAUAAAGUCUUGCAAUGG